GCUCAGAGCACAGCAGCGGACACCGGCCAGGCCACACCACGCUCACGCCACCAUCAUAACGCCACUCCCACGCUCCACUCCGACUCCCAUCGCGUUCCAUUUCAAAAACGCCACCUUUCGCCCCCUGCAUUUCCGCCGAAGUCUACAUGUCUCCGACCACCGCCGCGUCCCCCGCGCCGGCGCCGGCAACCGACGCGCCCCCGAAGCCUUCGCCAGGCGCGAAGCGCAGCCUGAUGGGGUCCCUCAUCGACGCCACCGCGCUGCUCCGGGCGGCCUCCUUCAAGGAGGACUCGUACGUGGCCGCAGCGCUCCCGGCCUCGGACCUCCGCGCGCUCGCCGACCUCAGGGCGCUCCUCGCCACCCACCCGGACCAAAUCUCCAUCUGGGGCGUGCCGCUCAACCCGCCCAGCGACGCCCCCGCCGACGAGCGCACCGACGUCGUGCUCCUCAAGUUCCUCCGCGCCAGGGACUUCCGCGUCCGCGACGCGCACGCCAUGCUGCUCCGCUGCGCCGCCUGGCGGGCCGAGUUCCGCGCCGACGCCGUGCUGGACGAGGACCUCGGGUUCAAGGACCUGGAGGGCAUCGUCGCCUACAUGCACGGCUGGGACCGCGAGGGCCACCCCGUCUGCUACAACGCCUACGGCGUGUUCAAGGACCGGGACAUGUACGACAGGGUGUUCGGCGACGGCGACCGCCUCAGCCGGUUCCUCCGGUGGCGCGUCCAGAUCAUGGAGCGCGGCGUGCGCGCGCUCCAGCUCCGCCCCGGCGGCGUCAACGCCAUCAUACAGGUCACCGACCUCAAGGACAUGCCGAAGCGAGAGCUCCGCGCCGCGUCCAACCAGAUACUCUCCCUCUUCCAGGACAACUACCCCGAGAUGGUCGCCCGCAAGGUGUUCGUGAACGUGCCGUGGUACUUCUCCGUGCUGUUCUCGAUGAUCUCGCCAUUCCUCACGGAGCGCACCAAGAGCAAGUUCGUCAUCGCGCGCGAGGGCAACGUCGCGGAGACGCUCUUCAAGUUCAUCCGGCCGGAGCUGGUGCCGGUGCAGUACGGCGGGCUGAGCCGCGCCAGCGAGCUAGAGAACGGGCCGCCCAAGCCGGCGUCCGAGUUCACCAUCAAGGGCGGGGAGAAGGUCUUCCUAGAGAUCGACGGCAUCGAGGCCGGUGCAACAAUAACGUUGGACCUGGUCGUCGGCGGCUGGGAGCUGGAGUACGGGGCGGAGUACGUGCCGGCGGCGGAGGGAGGCUACACGCUGUGCGUGGAGAGGACCAGGAAGGUCCCGGCCGCCGCCGCCGAGCCCGUGCACAACGCCUUCACGGCCAAGGAGCCCGGCAAGAUGGUGCUCUCCAUCGACAACUCCGGCUCACGGAAGCGGAAGGUCGCCGCCUACCGCUACUUCGUGCGCAAGCCGUCGGCGUAGGCUACCCUGCUGCUCGACUGCUGUGGCCGGCGGCUUGCCGGCCGGCUUGUGCUUUGCUUUGCUGGGCGUCAGCUCGUCUCGGAGAGUAGAUUAAUUUAGGUCUAUUUAAUCAGUGCUAUAUAAUGUGAUAUGCAUGUAUUAUGGCAUAUGUAGAAUAUAAUGUAUGAGCCGUGAGAUCCUACUUGUCAUCAUCGUUAUAAAAGCUAAUGAGUUAAGUUUUUUUGGGAA